AACAUAUAUGAUUGGAAUACAUCUCUUCCCUUACGUUUGGCAUGUCAUAUCUAAAGUCGUGAGAUUUCUUUCAUCUGAUUAUGUUUUUUAAAUGGCAAAAUAUUAAAUUCAUAAUACUUCAGUGAAAGAAAAAAAACUAAUAUUAUAUGACUUAUAAAUAUUUUUUCAUUUUUUUUACAAUUUUUUUUAUUGAUACACUUUUUUAAAAGUAUUUUAUCACAGUGAUAGAUCGAGGUUGACAUUGCUCGCUUGCCAAAAUGGCUGAAUAUCUUGCAUCCAUUUUUGGCACCGAAAAGGACAAAGUCAACUGCUCCUUCUAUUUCAAGAUCGGAGCUUGUCGCCAUGGAGACCGUUGUUCCCGCCUCCACAACAAACCCACGUUCAGUCAGACCAUCGUGAUCCAGAACAUCUAUCACAACCCGGCCAACACAGCACAGUCAGCUGAUGGAGGCACUACAGGAAUUGUAGACCAAUCCAACCUGACUGAUGUUGAGGUCCAGCAGCAUUUUGAUGAUUUCUUCGAGGAAGUUUUCACGGAGAUGGAGCAGAAGUACGGUGAGAUUGAGGAGAUGAACGUCUGUGACAACCUCGGCGAUCAUCUGGUCGGCAACGUUUAUGUCAAGUUCCGCUAUGAAGAGGAUGCAGAGAAAGCAGUGGAAGAUUUGAAUAAUCGUUGGUUCAACCGUCAACCAAUCAGAGCUGAGCUUUCACCUGUCACAGACUUUAGGGAAGCUUGCUGUCGUCAGUACGAGAUGGGUGAAUGCACCCGUGGAGGUUUCUGCAACUUCAUGCAUCUCAAGCCCAUCUCCAGGGAGCUCCGUCGCGAACUCUACGGCCGCCGAAAGCGCAAGAAGCGCAGCCGAAGCCGAUCCAAGUCACCCAAGCGCCGAUCGCGAUCCCGAAGUCGAAGCCGAGGGAGAGACGAGAGGUAUAGAGAGAGGGAGAGGUCCGGUCGUUUUUAAUGAAUUUUUGUCGUUUUAUUUUUGGAGCCUUUUGAUUCAGAGUUGAGCUACGAUUGGGCUGCACGCAUCAAUAGCAUAGCCAAAGUCGAGGGAUGGGACAAUAAGGCGCAAGGGAUCGGUAUGGUCACCUCCUAAGAUUAUUUUUCCCCUGUUUCACAUGUGGAACUCGAUAUGAAAUUCUUUACAAUAUUGUGGAUGAAUAUUUAUCGCCUGAUUCACAUUUAUGUAUUGAUUUGGCCUUCAUGCCCUAUGGCAAGAUAUCAAUCGUAUUGACCCAUAUUCUGAAUGCUGGGUUAUCAUUAACCAUGGUCCAAAUCUGAAUGGGGAAGUCACUUUUCAGGUUUAAUUAAUCCUCAAUCCGGGCUAAGCAACUUAUUUUCAGGCUGUCGAAAAUCCAUUUUAUGUAUAAAAUGUCUCAUUCUACAUGAUUUUCAGGCUUUCGUGUCAAUUCUAAGUGGCGUCCCUGAUCUGAGGCUUAAUUAUUGGUUGCCUAGUGUGUCACAGUAGAUGUUCAUUUCAUCAAACUAUUUUAACUGUCUUGGAAUAAUAAGUAAAGGAGUUUAAUCCCCAUGUAAUCAAAGGGGAAGAGCCCAGCAGACUUGAUACAGAUAUUGUGUAAGCAAUUUUUUUUUUACAUCUUUUGGCUUUCCAUAAUUUAAUCACACACAUAGACCAUGGUUCAAGUUAAAUCUUGGUUCAAAAUAUGGGCCACUGUGUAAGGUCAUUUGUUUGACGAUUCACUGAUAGUAUUAUACUGGCACCCUGCUUGUAGCCUGAAACAUCAAGGAAAAUAGAUUUUCAUUAUUACUAGUUAUGGCAGUGACCCCCCCCCCCCCCCCCCAUUUACAGAUGCUGCAUAGGAUUAUGGCAUAAAGUGGGUUUUCUAGACCUAAAGGGAUUAUUCUGAACAAACUAAUCGUAUCAAACAUGAAUCUCCUGUGAAAUUUAUUUGAAUCACAAAACUAUCUCAUUCAUGGCAUCUAAAAGAAUUGUCAACUCUUUGAGAUAAAGUAUUUAGUACUUCAAGAGUGCCAUGUAAUAUUGACCAGUUGAUGUAUAAGACCAAUAAUUGUACCAUAUGCAGUAAUCCUGCUCGGCGCUUUUCAUAGCGGCUUUUUUUGCGUUCCCCAUUGUAGUAAGUAAUGGGAGGAUAAGUCGCAAAAGGCACAGCAGAAUUCUUGCUAAAAGAUUGCUCUCAUACAUUUGUUAUGUUGCCUCUGGAGUCCAUUAGCUUGUGAUACAAAUGUUCACAUGUGAAAACUCAAGUUGGACAGUCAAUAUUUUUAGAAGUAUGGUUGGUUUCCGAUUCUAUUGCUUUUAACUUUCAAAAUUCCCUAGUAUCUCAAGUCUGGAAUAAUUUUCUUGGUAUUGCAUCGCUAUUGCUCCACAUUUUUUAAAGACUGGAUUUCUAGGACUGUUCAGAACGUAGUUGAAAACUUUUCUCUUUAUGACCCCCAAAAGCUAAUCAAUUUUGGCAAGCAAUAUUACUCACUACAAGUACUAUCAAACAAAUGACCUAAUUGGAAGACUUAAAAGCCCCCAUCACACUUAUUCGUAAUCAGCAGGAAUCAAGCAGAAGCUGGAACGAAAAAAAUAUUCAAAAAAUCUAUAAAUUUUUGGGAGGAACUUAUGAAUUCACCAAACUGGAGUUGAAAUUCAGUAAAUUGACCAGGUGAAUCAUCAUACACUAGUCAAAAUGAACUGCGAUGGAGUCGGAUUGAUAAUUCGUGCUACAUUCUUGGACAUUCUAGGCGCAUUCUUAAUAUUCUGACAUUUCUUUUGGCCGUCCCGAAGGUUUUGAUCAUGUUCGAAACAUUCGAGGGGUAUUUUCGAACGGUGUUUUAAGUAGAUUUAAAUGACCAACUGGUGGUCGAGCAGUAGUCUUUUCAUUCCGGCCAAUUCUGCUUGAUUCGGUAUAAGUGUGAUGGGGCCUUAACCCCAGCCCCAUAACACAAUGCUCAGUUGAUAGUGGGGCUGGUUUUUGUGCUUGAUUUCAUUGACCAUUAUGUGCAGUCAAGCAUUGAAAUCAACUUUGUUAUCAAUCACUUUUCUUAGUGUUAUGGUGGGUCUUUCAUGUAGCCGUUCGUAAGGGUUAUGAACAACUUUACCAAUGACUGGUGACCCUUUCUUGAGCUACAUGAUACAUGUAUAUCCCUAUUUAAUUGACUUACCACCUGAAAAUAUGUUCCAGUUGUUUGUUUGAAGUCUUUCGUAACUUUACAAACGUUUAUGAAACACCCACCAGGAUUUUUUUAGAUUCAACACAUUUUUUGUGACCCAAGACAUACAUGUAAGGAUGACUACAAGUAUUUCCAAGAAAGAAUUUGAUAAGAAAUUGCUUUUCUUUGUAACUCACUGUGUAUAUUGCAUUCCACCUUCACUAUCUUGUUUAUUUCUCUGAAAGUGUAAAUAGAUUCCUCUCUAUUCUUUAUUAAAUCAACUUUUCUUUUCGGUUUUGCUUGCUCUAUUAUGUUUCACCCUCAUUUCAGUAUCUUCAUUUCUUUCUAAAUAUCCCAAAAUGGCAACAUCAAAACAUGUACUGUUUUAGAUCACUAUAAGCAGACUAGCAGUUGUUGUUUGUUAACACAUAAUAAUUGACAACAACCCAAACAAAUGCAAUGGAUACACACAAAUGAUGCAGUCACACAAGUGAAAUUGACUCCAGACCGACUGAAUCCAUCACAUUAUUGCCAAAGGCAUACCAUCGGUCGGUAUGGAGAGUAAAUUGCCAAUUCGUCUAUUGCCACCUCGUCCACUCAUCACAUGGUCUACCUUCAUUUAGUCUAAUUCCAUUCCAUCCAAAACAUUUUGUCUAACAACUAUUUGGUCCAAGAAUCAUUUUGUCUAAUGACCAGUUGAUCUACGACCAUUUUGUCUCCUGAUCAGUUGGUCUAAUAACCACUUUCUUUUCAUUCAUUUCACCCAGUCAACACUUAAACCAAAUGGUAUAUAGACUAAAUGGCUAUUGGACCAACUGGUUAGUAGAUGAAAUGGUGAGUGGACAAAAUGGCAAUUAGACCAUGUGGAUAGUAGACAACUGAUGGUAGACCAAAUGAUAGUAGAUGAGUUGGUAAUUGGACGAAUUAGCAUUAGACAACUUGAAAGUAAUCAUAUGGAGUUGGUUUUGUUUGUAAGACUGUAGCAUUUGAAAUGUUUCAUUGCUUUCUUAAUUUCAUUCUUAUCUACUAUUUCUUUGACUUUAAAUUAUGUGUUUUUUAAUGUGUCUUAAGUGGAAGGAGCCCUCCAAUGUUUUUGUAUUAAAGUUAAUUAUUCCUUCUAUUGUAA